CCUGCGAGGUCGGAGAUACGAGGUUCCCAAAUCGUGUUCAGUCUGCCACCGUGCGAGCUCUGGAACUCUUGGGACAUUGAAAGCAACCAUUCUUUCAUCGAAAUAGAUCUCGCACCUGCUUUGCUUUCCUCGUUACCUGUUCUACAGCAUAUCUUCUUACGGGGGGAAUCUGCUAGCUGCACCAACUUACAUAUCGAUAAAUACCACUCCUUCCUAUCGCAACACAGAAUGACAACGUCGAAUGCUAGCGGCAGUCCUCCUCCUGAUGCGCCCAAGCCAGAAGAGACGCCUACCACCCCCAAGCAGGUAAUGAGCAUAAAAAUCAAAGACCAAUCCGAGAACGAAACUUUCUUCAGAAUUAAGCCCAGUACAAACUUCAACAAGGUCUUCAAGGCAUACGCUGAAAAGCGAUCUAUCGAGCUCCGUUCUAUUCGAUUUCUCUUCCAUGGUGUUCGAGUUCAAGACUUCGAGACUCCAGAAAAGUUAGAGAUGGGAGAAGGAGAUGAAAUACAAGCUAUGGUCGAGCAACAAGGCGGCGAUGGAACUCCUGCUGCUGGCGCAGGAGCAGGAGCAGCUGAUACACCAGCAGACCAAGAUGCUCCCAAGUAUCUGAAUGUUAAGGUCGUCGAUCAGUCGCGUAACGAGGUCUUCUUCAAAAUCAAGAUGCACACCCCGCUCAAGAAGGUCAUGGAUGCAUAUUGCGAACGCCAAAGCAUCCGACGAGAGGACAUCCGUUUCGUGCUCGAAGGCGAACGCAUCACCGAUAAUGAUACGCCGCUGAGUAAGGAGAUGGAGGAUGGAGACUCGAUUGAAGUGUUCAGAGAACAGACUGGUGGGAAUGGAGGAGAAGAAGGUGCGCAAGAGAAGCCCAAGGACGAGGGUGCCAAGGCCACCAUCAAUAUCAAGCUUAUGGAUCAGAAUCGCAACGACACAACAUAUAGAGUCAAACUCACUACGAAGAUGGAGAAGGUCAUGAAUACAUUCGCCAACCAGCAAGGUCAACUUGUCGACAGUCUGCGCUUUUUCACCCCAGAUGGCAAACGCAUUAUCCCUACUGAUACUCCUGAAUCUCUUGCUCUCGAGGAUGAGGACGUUGUAGACGUUCACCUGCACCAAGAGGGCGGUGCAGCUGAUCAAGAGGAGUCAACGAAAAAGAAUAUGCAAAUCAGCGUCAGCGUCAAGGGCAGCAUUAGUGGUGAAACAUUCUUCAAGGCCAACUCGAAUACAGUGAUGAAAAAGCUGAUGACACACUACGCCAUUCAAGCAGGCAAAAACCUUGAUUCUCUUAGUUUCUUCAACUCUGAGCGAUAUCGUAUUCGAGAGGAAGACACCCUAGCAUCACUCGGAUUGGAGAAUGGCGAUUUCAUUUUUGUGGAAGAGGCCAAGGUCAAUUUAUCCGUCAUGGAUCGUUACGGCGCUCAGGUCGGGUUCGUGAUGAAGUCUAAGGGAAAGAUGAGUGAACUCAUGGAUUGCUACUGCCGACAUCAAGGCCAGUUUGGACUGCAGUUCUGGACAACUGGUGGAAGACAAGUCAAUCCUUCCGAUACCCCUUAUUCUCUAGGCCUGAUAGAAGGCGACGUUCUUAGUUCCUCCUAUGAUUUACAGCAGGUGGAGAAGCAUCUGGCGGAAACGUUGGUCAUCCAUGGAACGACAUGACGAGGUUGACAUGCUCAACGACUAAACGAGAUCUCUAUUGGAAGGUGUAUGGAGCACAUGGGAUAUGCUUUUCUUGACAUACU